AGUAAGUAGAAUGUGAAAUUACUAUUUUUUUUUAUUAUUUAGAACAUAGUUUUCUAUUAAUGCUGUUGCCCAAAAACCAACCACAGUGUGCAAGUGCUAAAGUAGGCCCAAGCUUUGAACUUGAAGGCACUCACAGCACCAUGUCCUACAAUCACUUGUACCCAUUUGAUGCCAUGGAAGAAGAAGAAGAUUUCUUUGAUGAAAUGGACGAAAACAGCCAUGCUGAUGGUGGUGUUGCCGACGAUGAUGCUCUUGAUGAGUAUGAGAUGCUCACUAAGGUAACUGAUACAUCAGCUGCACAAGCAAGGAAGGGAAAAGACAUUCAGGGUAUUCAGUGGGAUAGAUUGAACAUAUCAAGAGAUAGUUACAGAGUUACAAGGCUUGAACAGUAUAAGAAUUAUGAGAAUAUUCCUGCUUCUGGGGAUGCUGUAAAUGAGGAUUGCAAGGGGUCUGUGAAGGGUGGAAAAUACUAUGACUUCUUCUAUAAUACAAGAAUGGUUAAACCUACCAUCCUUCAUUUUCAGUUGAGAAACUUAGUAUGGGCUACUUCAAAACACGAUGUCUACCUUAUCUCCAAUUACUCGGUCAUGCAUUGGUCAUCAUUAAGUGGCAAUUUGUCGGAGAUAUUAAAUUUUGCCGGACACGUAGCCCCAAGUGAGAAACAUGCAGGAAGUCUGUUGGAAGGAUUCUCACAGACCCAGAUUAGUACUCUGGCUGUCAAGGAUAAUUUUCUUGUCGCCGGAGGCUUCCAAGGAGAACUUACUUGUAAGUUUUUGGACAAGAAGGGAGUAAGCUUUUGUACGAGAGUCACUCACGAUGAUAAUGCUAUAACAAAUGCAAUUGACAUAUAUGACAGCUCGAGCGGUGCAACUCACUUUGUAGCUUCCAAUAAUGAUUGUGGCGUGAGAGAGUAUGACGUAGAAAGCUUCCAGCUUUUGAAUCACACUCAGUUCCCUUGGGCAGUUAAUCACACCUCAAUCAGUCCAGACCGUAAGCUAAUGAUUGUUGUUGGAGAUCAUCUAGAUGGAUUGCUAGUGGAUCAUCACAAUGGGAAGACCGUCUCAUCUCUCGUUGGUCAUCGAGACUACUCCUUUGCUUCUGCAUGGCAUCCUGACGGACGUGUCUUUGCAACGGGGAAUCAGGAUAAGACUUGCAGAGUAUGGGAUGUAAGAAACUUAUCAUCUCCAGUUGCCGUUCUAGUCGGUAAUCUUGGAGCAACCCGGUCUAUUCGAUUUUCGGCUGAUGGUCAAUUCAUGGUGGUCGCUGAGCCUGCAGAUUUUGUGCAUGUUUAUAGUACGAAGGCAGAUUACAGUGAAAGGCAAGAGAUUGAUUUCUUCGGAGAAAUUUCUGGUGUUACUCUUAGUCCUGAUGAUGAGUGUAUGUAUAUUGGAAUCUGGGAUAGGACUUAUGCAAGCUUGCUACAGUAUAAUAGGAGGCAUUCCUAUACACAUCUUGACUCCUACUUUUGAUUUCCUUCCAACAUCUGGAUAAUGUUAAUUUACAGAGCAUUAUCAAAUCCUAGAUCCUUUUCCAUUUCUUUUUUCUUUCCUUUUUUUCUUGCUAGUGUAUUUUAUAUUUUUAUGUAGGUCUGUUUGAUUAAUGAAGAACCACAGUAUCAUAAGAUGUUUCUGUUCAACAGUACAUUUUUGUAUAGUGCAUACUUACUACUCAUAGUUCAUCAAAGAAAUCAAUCACUGUUUUCUUUGUCUUUCUGA